UCCAGUUGGUGGCGCUAUUUGCUCACACAACAGGAUGGGUUUCCACUGAAACCAACUUUCUACUUUUAAACAAUGGAGCAAACUGCGACUGAAACCCUUCAAAACACAUUCAAUUGCCAGUUAUGUGGUUUGAGCACUUCAUAUACCUACUACGGCCAGAAACCACCUAACACCAGAGCCAUUGUGUUGCUUGAGGAAUGUUUUGUGGCUAAGGAUCCAUUCAGUCCGGAUAAGGAGAAGUUUCUGGUGUUGGGAUCUGCAUGCAGCCUAUGCAACAUGUGUGUCUGUGUUGGACCGGUAAGACACAUGAACACCUGUCUGAUAAAACGACUGCAGCCUGUUCUACACCAAGAGGUUCUGCAUGCAGUGCGUGAAUGAGCACCUGGACCAGUUCCCCCAUCAGAUUCGGGCCGAGCUGGCAAAGAAGAAGCAGAGUUCAAAGUCCGGCGUCUCAUGACACACGAGGUCCUCCAACACGCUCACCAGACUGCAACAGAACUUGUACUUUUUGUGGAACAAAACGUUCAGCACUAGAAAUACCGGUGGGGAUUGUGUGAGAACCGUAUCAAGUCGCACAAAAUGUGACUGGUCCUGCUUUUAAUUUGAAAUUCAAAAGCAUCCUUUAUGUUAAAGGGGACACUAGCUGGCACUGCCUACUGGUUAACAAAUACAUACAAAUGUUUCAAAUAAUUUAACAUUUUCAAACCAAAAACAUAAAUUUAGAUUUUGUUUAAUGGAGAAUAAUUUUCGA